CCCGCUGUGCAUGAGCGACAGGGCGCAGCCGCCGCUGGUGGCUCUGCCCGUGCCCCGAGCGCGGGGCACUCGCUGUCCGCCUGCCAUUGCGGUGCAGCCCUCGCACUUGGCCGAGGAUAUUCCUUAUAGUUAUUCAUAUCCAGGACACAGUAUAUAAUGGGGAGAAAACUGGAUCUUUCUGGCUUGACUGAUGAAGAAGCAGAGCAUGUACUCCAGGUGGUUCAGCGAGAUUUCAGCCUUCGUAAAAAAGAAGAAGAAAGGCUGAGUGAGAUGAAGCAGAAGUUGGAUGAAGAGGGUAACAAGUGCAGCAUCCUUUCCAAGCAGCAGAAGUUCAACGAGCACUGCUGUAUUCGCUGCUGUUCCCCUUUCACAUUUCUUAUCAACAGCAAGCGACAGUGCCAAGACUGCAAGUACAACAUCUGCAAGAACUGCAGUACUUACCAGAAGAAGGAGAAGGCUUGGAUUUGCAGCGUCUGUCAGCAAGCAAGGCUCCUAAGGACCCAGUCUCUGGAUUGGUACUAUAAUAAUGUCAAAAGCCGCUUUAAGUGUUUUGGAAGUGCCAAAGUCCUGAAGAACCUGUACAAGAAGCACAGACUGGAGAGCGGAGUUUGUCCUGAUACAAUAGCUGAAGGGAGUUUGUUUGAAGGAAGCAUUGAGAAUGAAGGAAGCAUUUGUGGCAGUGACUCUACAUUCUACCAACAGACAGAAGGACACAGCAUGAUGGAUACCCUUGCUGUGGCUUUACGUGUUGCGGAGGAAGCAGUGGAAGAAGCUAUUUCUAAGGCAGAGACCUACAGUGACAGCCUGGACAAGCAGAAUGAAGCGUGUUACUUGCAGGAGCACAAGGAGGACCUCAUAGAAGAACUGGCCACAACCAUUGUGCAGAAGAUUAUAAAGAAGCAGAAAAGCAAAGCUGAGCAGGCCGAGGCCGACUUUGAAUGGCCACCAUCCAGGAGCAGUGGCCUGGCGUCUGUCGCUGUCUCAGAUCAGAGCAUGCUGACUUUUCCAGGGAGCCGCAGGGGGUCCUACACGUUAUGGAGGUCUCAGUCUGCAUUCUCCCUGGCUAGCGAAGAUACGACCAGUAAAGGACAAGACUCUGCAUCAACUGUGCCCGAGGCUCUUCAGAGGCAGAAAAAAGGGCAGUCCAAGAAGCAGAAGGAACACAAGCUCUCUACAUUACCCAGCUGGAAGAGUGUGGACAGGCUAAAUGAAACAAGUCCACCUUCUGUUUUGCAAAGCACUGAUGGAAACUGGGUAGCCUUGCAGAAUGUCGCUUUGCCUCGUCCUCGAAUGCUUGCCAAACCAAAGAGUCAGGUAUUCAGAGCUUUGGAGAAUGAAUCCAAUGUUGUGUCUGCCUAUGACGAGAUGGGCUCAGACAGUGAGGAUGACUACGACUGGAAUGUGGCCUUGAACAAGCUGCGUAGGAGACCUCGACAAUUACCAGACGAUUUCUAUUAUACCAAUUCCCAGUAUGGUACCGAAUGGGUUUAUGGCAAUGAUCAGUACCAGGCAGUGACCUCCCCUUCCUCUGGGUUAUACACCAAUACUGAGACACAGUUCUCUGAUUCAGAAACAUCUUCAGUAAAUUCUUCCCAGGAAGCUAAAGGACCUAGCAAACUUCUCUGGUUGCAAAGCAGAACUCAAAGUGAUAUGCCCAGAAUGGAAAAGAAACAUUUCCAUGGAGAACUGGAUGUAAAUUUUAAUCCACAGGCAACUAGCUUAGAGUAUUCAGACAGCAGUGAGACUGAAGAAGUCCAUUAUGAUUUAGAAAAGAGAUCAAGAAGGUGGAGGAAGAAUAAAGCAACCUCUGAAGAAUUGUGUGAAGACAAGAAUCAGGCAAAAACCAACAAGAUGAAUAUAAGUCAGGAUUUUGAUGAUUUAUCAGAGACAGAUAUAAGCAAUGAAGAUCAGCACCAUAAUAUCAAGCCUGACCUUAUGGAGGAGGAGCUUAAAUCCAGGUUAUUUCAGCUUGCUGCUAAAAUGAGUGACAAGGAAACAUCUUCUGGUGAAGAACAAGAGUCAGAACCUGGAAUGGAUCCUGAAAACCAGAAGGAGAGUUUGUCCUCAGAGGAAAAUGGCAGAAGUAUUCAGGAAGAGCUAAAGAAGUUUACAGGUAAGAUUUUCCCUCAAGAAUUCCAGGCCCCUGAGACCUGUGGGAAAGCCUGGAGCAGUGAAGACUUAUCCUGGGUAGACGAGGAUCAGAAGUACUCUGCUGUCUCUCUCUGCAACAUAUCUACAGAAGUCCUGAAAGUCAUCAAUGCCACUGAAGAACUAAUAGCAGAAUCCACCGAUCCCUGUGAUUUCCCAGAUGACAUUCAGGACAGAGGAAGAGGAACCCUCCCACUGGGUACAGACCCUGUCAGACUUGAUGAGCAGCUCACUACACUGGAAGAAAACGUGUACCUGACAGCCAGCACGGUGUAUGGGCUCGAGGGGCAGCUGACCAACCUGGAAGACGCCGCACGCAAGAUCAACAGUGUUACUGAAGAAUCUGAGCUAGCUGAUCUGGAGGAUCAGGUGGCCACAGCAGCUGCCCAGGUUCAUCAUGCAGAGCUUCAGAUUUCAGAUAUUGAGAGCAGAAUAUCAGCUCUCACUGUUGCAGGCUUGAACGUGGCUCCCUGUGUUCGCCUGACAAGGAAACGGGAUCAAAAGCAAACAAACCAGAUGCAUACAAUAGACACAUCAAGACAGCAGAGGAGAAAACUUCCAGCUCCACCAAUAAAAGGUGAAACAAUAGAUGGUUCUCCAGUUACCACUGUCAGAACGUUUAACAGAAACUUCAUGCUUCAAGGAUCUCUAACACAAAGAACUAAAGAGAGGAAAAGCACUGCCAAGGACUUAAUGGAACCUGCUAUAGGAUCUGCUGUGAUGUACUAAACUUACACUUCCCUACUGCCAAUAACACACUGCCUAAGGCUGUACACUAGAGUGCCUUUACUUAACAGCCAUUGCGUAUGUCCAGCUGAAAAUGGACCCUCAAGAACCCACAGAGCCUCAGUUAUAGGGCUUCAUUUGGAUACCUCACUGAGAAAGCUGUCCAAGUCUUCAGCAUUGUGGUCUGCUACAGGAAACUCUGCCUUAAAGUUCUCACAGGACUCUAGACAGGAUGCUGAGUUUCAAAAGCAAGGCUCCACAUUUUAAGAUGCACUUUUUCUCCCUAUUGAUUGUACUAAAGUAUGUUGUCUUUAAACUGCAGUAUGUUUUUGUACACUCAAUCAGUCAUAAUUAUAGGCCAAAUUAUCUGCCAAAGCAGACCUGUGAUCCAUAUUUGCUGGCCUCUUACUAUUCACGUAGGCAUCCGUCUUGUUGAGCAAUAAGAACAACUCUGUGCAGUGUGUGCCGCUUUUCAGCUGCAUGGUCGGUGUGGAGAAUCAGUGUACCUAGCUCUGCUCCCAGGGAGUCAGUGGAAGUUUUGAGAGGGUUUGUAGGAGGAGAUGUGACGUGCAAAGUUUUCUCUGUUCACUGAGGGUACGUUUGGCAGACUGAAUGCUCUAGAGCUAGGUAAAUUGCUCUUGGCAGCAUGGGGAGCAUGGAUGUCAUGUUGAACCAUGAACUGGUGGCCACACAUGUGGACCAGAUGUCUGUUGAGUUACAAUCCCGGUGUCUGGAAACAUCUGAACACUGUUGUGAAACCAACACCUUUGUAUGUCUUGUUCUUCUUGGUAGCAUUGUCCACUUGAUGGUGGCCAGCCACGCUGUAGUUCAGAAUAAAUUCUGUCCAAACCUUUAAGAUUGGAAAAAGAAAGUAAAAGUGUUGUGGAUGAGAUCUCUGCUGACUGACUGGUGGUUGUAGGGUGACUGCAGCCUGUAAGAGGUUCCUUUCUAAUGUUCCCUGGUGUUUCUGAGAAGGGGGCAAAUGUAGCCCAUACAUCUCUUCCUUUACUAGUCUGUAGCCAACACAGAGUAGCUGAGUCCUGUUGCUGGUGCCACACGUACCCCACUACCACUGGACCACUCUGAAUUCAAUUGUGAAUAGUAAUAUUUCUUCUUUCAUUUCUUGAGACCUUUAAAUUGAGUCAAACUGGAAGACCCUUGAGCAGAAGUCCUGGAGGAAUAUGCUGCUUACAGGGUGUUCCUCUCACCCCCCUGGGGAAGGGUGUUGCCAAUUCAUGGUAUUUUAUGCUCUGAAGAAUACAAAGGAGGUAGUUAGAGGUGGUGAUAAGCGAAUCCCUUGCCUUCCACACAAGUGGCAGAGCAGGUACCCAAAUGCAGACAGGGUUGGCAUGAAAUGUGCUGUGAAGAAGGGCACAGGCUGGCAAGUUCCACCUCAGCACUGAGGAGUGGCUAGCUCUCCAGGGAGCGCUGGGUACCAGGAAGGGAGGAGAGUUCCUUCUUUCCCUGGGCUCCCAGUGAACACCCACAGGCAGAGUGUCACAUACAGCAGGAAAGCAGUCCUCUCAGACACCAAGCCAUGAAAUGUCUGUGGUUAGGCAAAUAUGAGCAAAACUGGGCAAAUUUCCUGACUAGGCUGCAUUUAGGGGGGCAAGUGGGGAAGACAAGGAAUGGCUGUAUAGGUUGGUUGGAAAAAUGGUUCCAGAUGCAAAUCUGCUACCCACAUCUGACAUCUAGCUUGUCAAUACUCUGAUGUCCAGCUGCAUGUAAGGAACCCUUGGAAUAAAUACAACCAUCUUCCCACCUAGAAUACAUAAGCGUCAUUCCAUCCCUUCAAGGAAUUUCCAUCUGCCCAAGAUCUGAACCAGUGUGUUCAUUCUGGGUGAAAUUAGGCCUUCUUUUACUCUCAUACAAUACUAGUUCUCUAAAACUGGUUUGCACAGAUGUGAGGGCAGAAUUCGGCCCACUCUGUUUAAUAUAUAAAUAUAUACAUAAAACAAAUAGAUUUUAUUUAUAUAUGCAAUCCAGUAAAGGAGAUUAAACAGAGUAGGAUGCCUAGUAAUUUUUUUGUUAUUCAGUCUUCUCCUCCAUUGACUGUUCUUGUGUAUGUAUACAAUACAUUCCCAGGUUCUGGUUUAUGCAGGUAUGCGUGUUAUGAAAUGUCAUUAAUGGUGGUUGGUCUGCAUAUUUGUUUAAUAAAUAAUAACUAAUAUUGUGUAUGUAAUAUCAAUACAAAAAUUACUCAUUUUAAUAGAAUAAUUCUUUGGCUUUUGUUCUGUUAGUGUGAUUUAAACAAGCCAAUGAAGUUUGGAAUAGGUUGUUUUCCUUAAGAGGCAUGAAAAGCAACUAUUAUCGUGUUACAAUGUUAAAAUAUUCAGUCUUCUUUGACAGAAAAAUGUGUACUGUGUAGGCAUUGCAAAAAAAAAAAUUUAAAAAAAUCCCACCUGCUCUAAGGCAUUUGAAUUUUUACAAAUGUUUAUUGUGCCAAAUACGUGCAAAGAUAUAAUUUACUGUUUUAAAAAAAUCAUAAAAACAUAUGUUAUAGCACACAAAGAAUUAUUUUGUCAUCAAGUGAUUUCAAUCUUUAGUGUUAAUAUUUAUAAUUAGAUUAAUUUUUAUAAAUGAAAAUAUUUUAAUGCGUAAAAUCAAGACUAUAUGAUCUAUUUGAUUAAGUCUGAGUGAAUAUUAAGCUUGCCUUGUUGUUGUUAUCUGCAUACUCACCAAGAAUUAUAUGUCAAGAGAAAUUAUAAAAGAGUAAAAGCGAUUUAUGAAAAGAAUGCCUUUUCAAGGACUUGAUUCAUAAAGAAAAACAAAAAGUU